AGUUCUAUUGAUUUUCAAUUUUUCGAGACGUUUAAAUAUCUUUUAAUAAAUUAUUAGUAUUGAGUUUCGUAUCUAUCUAGUGACAUCUAACCAAAAGGAUGGACGGUUUCGACCCAAGAUUGGGUCGAAAAAAAAUCAUGUGUUUUGGCGGGAAUAAUAUGACAUCUUGGAACAGGUUAGAUGCAAUCUAUUAUCAGUUGUUGCAACAAACUUUUUGUUACGUUAUUGCGUCGUAUCUUUGAGUUGAGACCAUGUGGUGUACAACGCCUGAAAUUUCAUGGCACAAUCGUGAUCCAGUAUUAAGUAUUGACAUACAGACUGGAGUUCAUGAAACGCCAGAGAAUGAAAUUUAUUGGCGGCUUGCCACCGGCGGUGCCGACUCGCAUGUCUUGAUAUGGCAUUUAACAACGAAUGAAAGCGGGGCUGCUACUGUAAAGUGUGUAGCCGAGUUAGAACGACAUCAUAAAGCAAUUAAUGUUGUGCGAUUUUCACCGUCGAAAGAUAUUUUGGCAUCAGGAGAUGAUGAGUCGAUUAUAAUUUUAUGGAAACAAAAGGAAGAUUGUGAAUUCUUUGUUAAUCCUAAUGAAACUAAAGAUAAAGAACAAUGGAUUUCCUACAAAGUGUUAAAAGGACACCUUGAGGAUGUUUAUGAUAUCAGCUGGUCACCAGAUUCUAAUAUGUUAGUUUCUGGGUCUGUGGAUAAUACAGCUAUUUUAUGGGAUGUUCAACAAGGCCGUUCUGUAUCCAUAUUAUCUGAUCACAAAGGUUUUGUACAAGGAGUAUCAUGGGAUCCUUGUAAUCAAUAUAUAUCUACAAUAAGUACAGACAGAAUAUGCCGUUUGAUUGAUAUAAAUACUAAGAAAACAGUCCAAAAAGUUUAUAAGGCAAAAAUUCCAACACCAGCAGAUCAUCCAAUAAAAGAUAAAGCAGUACGCUUGUUUUACGAUGAUACUUUUAAAUCAUAUUUUAGAAGAUUAACAUUUUCUAUAGAUGGAUUAUUACUUAUUGUACCUUCUGGUAUAAUUGAACCUUCAGAAACUACUGAAAGAAUAUCUAAUACAACUUUAGUGUUCUCAAGAUACAAUUUAAAAGAACCUGUCAUGCUUUUACCUUCUUUGGAUGAAUGCACUAUUGCAGUUCGAUGUUGUCCAAUUUAUUUUAAAUUACAAAAAGAUGGACCGACACCAGUAAUAGCAUUACCCUAUAGAAUGAUAUUUGCUAUUGCAACUCAACACUCAGUAAUGAUUUAUGAUACUCAACAAAUUUCACCAAUUGCUGUAAUAUCAAAUAUUCAUUAUACUAGAUUAACUGAUGUUGGAUGGUCAAGCGAUGGUAGAAUAUUAAUAGCUUCUUCAACAGAUGGAUAUUGUUCUAUAAUACAAUUUCAAAAAGGUGAAUUAGGUGAUGAAUAUAAAAAAGAAAAUAAUAUCCCAAUAAAUUCUAAUGCUAUUCAUAAUGAUUCUAAACAACCUAUGUCUAGUUCAAGUGCUAAAGAUGUAUCUGAAAAAUCUGUACCAACCAUUGACAUAGAUAACAGUGCUAUGGAUAUUGAAAUUGUAAAAUCAAAAGAAAAAGAAAUUCUUAAUGAAAAUCCAGAAUGUAUCUUAAAUCAAGAUAAUAAAUUAUUAGAUAACACAAUUCACCAAGAAAAUGAUUUAAAAAAUAAAGAACCAGAAGAUACUGAAGAUAUUAAAUUAGUCUAUAAUGAAGAAAGUAUUACUGAAUCUACUAAAGCAAAUAUAAAACAUACGCCUAAAAAAGAAAAAGUACCAUUAAUAAUAUCUAAUAGAAAACCUCGAAGAGUACAACUAAUUACACUUUCUAGUCCAAAGGGAUUUAAAAAAGAGUAACUUUUAA